AUGCCGAAGAACAAAGGAAAAGGAGGAAAGAACAUAAAGAGAGGGAAAAAAGAAGCAGAAGACGAUAAAAGAGAAAUCAUCUUCAAAGAAGACGGCCAAGAAUACGCUCUUGUUCUCCGUAUGUGCGGAAACGGACGGUGCGAAGCCAAGUGCAUAGACGGAGUCACGAGGAUGUGUCACAUCAGAGGUAAGCUGCACAAGAAGGUUUGGAUUAGCGCUGGUGACAUUAUUCUUGUCGGACUCAGGAUGGAUAUGGACAACGACACCAAAGCCGACGUUAUCCAUAAGUAUACUCUUGACGAAGCUCGAUUUCUCAAGGGUUGUGGUGAGAUUCCUCGUGAUGUUCGCCUAAGCGAAGGGAUUGCUGGUGGGUUUGAUGAUGAUAGUGAUCAUGAAGGUGGUGGUGUUGCUAAUGAUUACUUUGAGUUUGGUGAUGAUGAGAUUGAUAGGCUCUAA